AUACCCCAGGCAUUUAUAUCAACACAGCUACAACUUACAAUAGUGUAUUUCGCAUAGCAAUCUUUUGUUGGUCGCAGAUGUCCACUUCACUCCCAUUACUUGCUUUCGCUGCCGGACAGUUUGCUCCGGCCAAACCGCACAAUGACUUCGCCUGACAGCGUCUGCGAAACAACUGAAGAUGACGCAGGGUGUUGGUAUGACGGAGUGCCGUUUGUACGUAUCGAAAGCUCUUUAAAUCUCAUGCCUGGCGUUACACUGAUAGAUUAACAGUUCUCGGAUAAGCUUUGUUGAUAGUGUUUUUCAAGCGAAUUAUACCGAUCACUGUCUCCACCACGAUUAAUGUUUCCAUGCACUUCAUUGAUAAUUUCUAAAAGAGGAGCAUCUGAAGAGAAGAGUGUUAUCUUGUCCCUAUGGAUACAUGGCGCGGCGUUACAAACUCGCCACUCAGCAGCCGGGGCUGGGUCAUGCAAGAGCGUGGCUUGUCUGUCCGAACAUUUCUUUUCUCCGACAUUUUCCGUCUGAAGUCAAUACUAAGAUCCGGGGCCGACGCCAAGCACAAGAAAACAGAGUGGCUCUGCACUAUUAGUGAUCAGAUCUUACUGGAGAAGAGCAGUGAUGGGGAACAAUGGGAGCGUCAAAGAGAAUGCGAGGUGGACAAGAACAACUGGAUGAAAGAGUGCGAGUACAGCAUCUUAAGAAAGGUGGCUAGUUCACCUACUGACGUGGAAACUGGACAGAUCCUUGACAUUUACGAUCCUCAUAGAAUCUUAGGACGGGCACCUGCCGAUCUCGAGGGUUGCGACCUUGGAAUUUUGGAGGGGCUUGACAUCAAGGGUUGGAGCGAGCUCAAGAGACAUUUGCAAGCUUGGGAUAUUGGAAUGGAGUCCGCUCGAACCUACCGUCGCUCAAUCAGACAUAUGUCACUGGAGAUGUCACAGUGAUUACGUAUCGUGGAGGUGUACUCCUUAUGCUCAUUGACCUUCCGAAAAGACAAACUUGUGGCCAUCUCAGGCCUGGCGCA